AUGAACGUGACUAUUGAUGAAAUCAACUUUGAUAUUUUCAAAGAUGUUCGAUUUAUCAAAAAUAAAAGCAAACGUUUUGCGCGAUGGAUCAUUUUACCAUUGUGGAUCAUGGCAAGUCUCAUUCAUGAACCAUUACAUCGAGAAAUGUUCGAAUAUGAAACUGAAAUUGCCAGAGACUAUCUUAAUAAUAGUGAAAACACUAUAAUAGAUGAGUUUGAAUCAGAAAAGAAUAAGACAUCAAUCAAUACGAUUUAUCAAAAUACAAUCAAUCAACAUGUUUCGUGCGUUAUUCAUUAUUCAUCGUCUGUUCAAACAUAUAACACAUUUAUUUUAUAUUUUCAUCUUCUCGUUCCGUUCCUUGCUAAUUUAUUUUCCGCUUUAUUUAUUAUAUUUGGAUCUGCUCGACAGCGAUCAAUAGCACAAACAGAUCAAACAUAUAAAGAACAUGUUCGUCAACGGUUCCAUGAACAUAAGCAAUCAAUUAUUAGUCCGAUCGCAUUAUUAAUCUUAACAAUGCCUCGUUUGGUCGUUUCUUCACCACCUGGAUGCAUCAGAACAUGUCAAAACUUGUGGUUGUACCUAAUUUCCUAUUUCUUUUCAUUCGCACCAUCAAUACUGAUCUUUGUUGUACCUUCAACGACAUACAUGAACGCAUAUAAGAGCUCGCUGAGUUCUUGGCGACGUCGAAUUCAUCAAUAA